AAAGAAUAACUAAUGACAGGCUUAUUGGUCCAGAAGAAUCAUUAAUAGAGGGAGAAUCAUCUGCUAACAUCAGCUCUGAGGGAACUGGCAGCAUCACCUCUGUGCAGUGGAUGAAAGAUAACAGUCCUCUGUCUCCUAGCAACAGCAUCAUCUUCUCAUCUGAUAACAGAUCAGUGUCCAUCAGUCCAGUGCAGAGAUCAGACAGUGGAGAAUAUCAAUGUACAUAUAGAAACCCUAUCAGCUCUGAGACGGCCAAACUCAGCCUGAUCAUCAACUAUGGACCAGAAGAUGUUUCUAUUAAGGGUGAGGAUGUGGUGGAUUUAGGGGUUCGCGUGUCGCUCUCUUGCUCUGCAAAUUCUGAACCUGCUGCCUCGUUCAGCUGGAAGAUUAAUGGAACAGACACCAAUGUGACCACAGACACAUUCAUCAUAGAUGAGACUGACUUCACACACAGUGGAGAUUACAUCUGUACAGCCUGGAAUAAUGUCACAAAGAGAAGCGCCUCACAAAAACAUGCUUUACUAGUUAAAGUAGGAGGAGGGCUGUCAUCAGGGGCUAUAGCUGGGAUUGUCAUUGGGGUUUUAAUGGCAGUUUCAGGCAUUUGUGGCCUGAUUGUCUAUUUAACAAAAUCUAAGAAAAU